CAUCGGAAAUUGCUGACUGACAGGAAUGGUCACGUGAUGCUUUCUCCAUUUCAUCGUCCUGUAUUCCUCCUUUGCCAUCGUUUCACGUCAUGUCAACGCACGACUUCCAAGCAGACUGGAUCACUGGCAAUGAUGACGCUCCCUCUUCCAACAUCUCCUCAAAGAAGGGGAAGACAUCUGUCGGAACAUGGGCCAACCUCGGAGUUUUCCCCCCCAUAGUACGCGCCCUCAACCUUCGCGGUUUCAAGAAUCCCACGCCUAUACAGCGCGCAGCUCUGCCGCCAGCAAUGGCUAAUCCUCCUAAAGACGUUCUUGGCAUGGCACGCACUGGCUCUGGCAAAACUUUGGCGUACCUGCUCCCACUUCUUCACGCACUAGGAGGGACUCGCAGACAGUCAUCAGGCAUUCGAGCCCUCAUACUUUGUCCCAGUCGUGAACUUGCCGUCCAGGUCCUCAAGGUGGGGAAGGACUUGUCACGAAGCCUUGCCGGACGCAAUAAAGACUCGGAGGCUCUGCGAUGGAGCAUCAUCAUGGGCGGCGAGUCCCUCGAUGCUCAGUUUGAGUCGAUCUCCGCGAAUCCUGACAUUGUGAUCGCAACUCCUGGUCGCUUCCUCCAUUUGGCUGUUGAGAUGGACCUUGACUUGCGACAGGUGCAAGUGGUUGUGUACGACGAAGCCGACCGCCUGUUUGAGAUGGGUUUCGAGAUCCAACUGCGGGAGAUCCUCCACCGCUUGCCGUCAACACGUCACAACUUGCUGUUUUCAGCGACCCUUCCCACCUCACUCGCGGAAUUCGCUAAGGCCGGCUUGAACAAUCCGGCUUUCAUUCGACUAGACACUGAGCACCGUAUCAGCCCCGAUCUCGAGCUUGCAUUCUUGUCGGUCAAGCCCGAUGAGAAGGAUGCAGCUCUUCUCGCUCUUCUACGUGAAGCCAUUCACAUCCCCGUCGCCAGCGCUGCGUCCGAUGAAGGUCCUCGCGCAAUCAUCUUCGCUUCUACGAAGCACCACGUUGAGUACAUCUCUAAUUUGCUUAAAGCGGCAAGCUAUCGCACGUCUUAUAUUUACGGGUCUCUCGACCAAGUCGCCCGUCAGCAGCAGCUACGCCACUUCCGAGAUGGUCAAUCAGAGGUACUUGUUGUCACCGAUGUUGCAGCUCGAGGCUUGGACAUUCCGGCGAUGGGUCACGUCGUCAACUACGACUUCCCAUCUGGAGUGAGGGUUUUUGUUCACCGAGUGGGUCGUACAGCACGUGCGGGUCAGAAAGGCCACGCUUGGAGUCUUGUCACGCGUGACGACCUCCCUUACCUGCACGACCUCGAGGUGUUCCUUGAGCGUUCGAUCAUCUCCGACACCGAGGCUUUCGGCGCUGUUCCUCAAGAUAUCAUUGAGGCCACAUCGGAGUACAUCCAUCACAGUUUGGAGACGUCUGAGCCCCAGCUCACCUCCUUGCGGAGUGUCAUGAAGCGUGGCCAGGCAAUGUUCGAACGCUCUCGUAGCAAGGCAAGCCGUGAAGGCUAUCGAGCUCUGAAAACCGACAAGGUCACCAGGAGUACCACGCGCACCCACCCUGCAUUCUCAUCCGGCGAGCAGGACAGCGAGGUUGGCGAGAAAAGGGCAACGCUCCUCGCAGCUAUUCACGCCUAUAACCCUCAAGAGACUGUCUUUGAGGUGGGAGCGAGGGGUGGGCAACACACGACGGCUGUGGUCAUGAAACAGCGCCGCUUGGCAUUGGCGCGGAGUCAAGCUCGCAAGCGAAAAGCUGAAGAGGAAACCGAUGAAGCAGGAGAAGGUCAAGCUGAGAACGACAGGAAGGUUCACAAUUCCAUGCCUAACAGGUCAUAUCGCGACCCCAACUUCUUUCUGCCCCACGAGAAUGUUGAGACAAAUCGUUCAAAGGGAUACUCCCUCUCUGAGGGGACAUCGUUUGCCGAGCAGGCUCGCUCUGCGACGAUGGAUUUGAAUGCCGAUGACGCCGACCAACAGCGUGCUCAGAAGGCCAGCCAGCUUAAGUGGGACAAAAAACGAAAGCGCUUUGUCAAGGACACCCCCGGUGAAGAUAACAAGAAGAUGAUCAGGGGCGAAAGUGGAGCACUACUUCCAGCCACGUUCAGGAGUGGUCGUUACACGGAAUGGAAGAAGACUGCACACCGCCUUUCAGGCCAACGCGCUGGAUCACAGUCCCUCAAGGCGUCAGGUCUCGCAAGCGCUGAGACCAUUCUCAAGACGCGUCGUGAGAAGGAGAAGCGACAGCAGAAGAAUGGACGUACGCCGAAGAAACGCCGUUAGGAGAAUCCGUUGUCUGAGCCUAUGGGAGUUGUGUCAUAUGAUUAGACUGCGGCAUUAGUGUUCGGCUUUAGUUUUGU